GAGACGUAUCUCUUCCAGGAAACUCACAUCAUGCAUAUAUUCAAGCAAGAUUUCUAUGGAUCUUUACUCAGGGUGGUGAUGUUAGGGUACAUCAGGCCAGAGAAAAACUUCAGUUCUUUAGAUGAACUAAUAACUGCCAUCCGCCAUGAUAUUACAGAAUCUGACAAUCUCUUAGAAUUACCUGAAAAUCAACAUUAUAAACAACAUCCAUUUUUCACUGGAAAAUCAGAACAUCAGUGCAAUGGUUCUGUCAUUAAUGGAGUUAUAUCUAAUGGUAUCAUCAAUGGACAUGAUGAUGAAAAUAAUUUGACAAAUGGAACCUCAAUCGGUUAAAAAAUAGUGGUAGUACAGCCAGGUGCUGCUUUUGAUUUUAUUUAUUUUUAAUAUUGCUGCACUCUUGUGCAGAAUUUUAACUGCAAAUGAAUUGUGAUGAAUGACGAAUAAAACUGUGUGUAUGUACUCUCCUACUUGUGGCUGCAAGUGGGGGGGGUUAAAGUUGUGUAGUAUAUGAUUAUAUAUAUAUAUAGUAUUAUGGUAUGUGCAACUGAAGUUUUUAUGAUAGUGUUAAAACUUCUGUUAUAUAUAUACCCAAAUUGUAAUGUAUGAAUGUAAUUGAGCAAUGAAAUUACAUUCCAUAGAGAGAUUUUAAAAACUGUAACAGGUGGAAUGUUGAAAAUGCAAGGCUUUUAUAGGAUAUUUUCUCUGUACUGUAUUUGACAGAUAACUAGUUUUAAGUAAAGAACACCAUAAACUAAACUGUUGUCAUGAUCAUUUCAAGAACCGUUAUGUUUCCUAAAUACCACUUUAAAAUGCAUGCAUAUAGUGCAUGCUGUGUUUACACUACCACAACAAGGGAGUGAACUUUGUAAUACCCCCCCCCCCACCACCACCCCUCCCUCUCUAUUUUACUUCACUAGUAACUUAAUUUACAUUUUGUGAAACCUAGCUCUUAGACAGGGAAGGGGGAUCACUUACAGCUCUGUUCUAAUGUAGCUUCUGUUGAAAGUGCUGCAGUGGUAGCAUCACUCCAUGGAAUUUGUAUCAUUGUACAAUACUGUAUACAUAAAUGUACGUACCUAUAUUUUUUUAUGCAGGACUUUAUUAAUGAAAAACUAUUUUCAUUGCCUAUUUGAUGACAAUACCAUAUACAGAUUGGGGAAAACAAUCUUGUAUGCUUUUCCAGUGUUCUAUUAGUGAAUGAUCUCCAAAUACUUUUAUGCAUGGCUGUAAGGGAUAAUUAUGACAUUUGUACUAAUAUUCAAGUGAGAAGUGGUAAAGCAUGCCUGUAUGCUUGAUUCACUAGUUUCAUGGGGAAGGAAGGUACAGAUAAGAGAAAUACAGUACAUUACAUUAAUGGUUUGGGGUGCAAAACCAGCAGGGGUCAUAGCACCUGAGGGAAUGAGAGGAAAUAGUUUUACAUAAGGAAUGGGAGGUUUGAUACAGUUCCUUGUAUCAAGAGCCCCUCACUGGUAGAAGAGAAGUAAAACAUCUUAAAAUUCUUUUUGCUCACAUGGACAGUUUCAAAAACAUAAAUGCUCUAUGACCUGUUCAUAAAAUAUUACUAUACAUUCUUAGUUGUUCUUACAUAGGAAGGUGGCUCGUAAAAUUUUUUGGCAUCGUGUUUCUGUAUGUGCAUUUAUAUAUUAAUAUCCACAGGCAUGUACUGUUCUGAACACAAUAAUCUUGGGUUGAAAUGCUUUAAAUCUCUUAAUAAUGUCUGUAGAAUUACAAUAAUAUUUUAGUUGUUAAAAAAUCUAAAUAAAAAGGACAUGUGCAACUAAA